UGUGCCCACCGCCGCGAAGGUGUCACUUGCCACCCAGCAGCCCGCCGAGCAGCAUCCCACAUGUCGAAGUCCGAAUCGAAGUCGAAGCGCUACAAACUGGAGGCCCCCGAUGGCGGUUGGGGCAUCCUCGUCUGUAUUGGCAUGGCCCUGCCUUUUACCAGUGCCCUGGCGGCUUUGCCUUCUUUUGGCCUGGUUUUUGGCGACUUCCUGAAGAGCAUCGGAGCGGAGACGAGUGCCAUGGCCAUCAUAACGAGCGCCUUCUUCUCGGCGAUGAGCUUCGCCGGCUUGUUCUCCGGCUCGUUGUUCCAGCGCUUCGGUAUGCGACAGAUUGGCGUCCUCGGGGGUGUGCUGUACUUCUUGGGAACUGGCCUCCAGGUGUUUGCCACCUCGACAAUGGACUUGCUGGUGGCCUUCAGCCUCAUCCAGGGACUGGCCUUCGGCCUAAUGGUGCCCACCUGCUACACGACAUUCAAUCAUUAUUUCGUCAAGAACCGUGUCAUGUGGAUGAGCUUCGCCCAGACGCUGAUCGGCCUGGGGUCGAUGCUGUACCCCAUUGUGAUGCAGAAACUGAUGCAGAUGUACGGCUUCCGGGGAUGCCUGCUGGUUCUCACCGGAAUUAAUGCUCACGCCAUCUUCGGCAUGCUCGUGAUGCACCCCGUGGAGUGGCACAUGCGAAAAGUGCCCAUCGAGGAGGACGAGCAGGAACUGAAGCCACUGCCGGCCAUUCAGGAGCCGGCCAAGCCCACCACGGUGGUGGUACGGGUCCAGCCGGAGACACCCCUGAAGGUCAACAAGGAGGAGCCCACGUUCCAGGCUCCGGAUCCGGCCGUGGACAGACGCCUAUCCCACGCCGAGGAGCAGAUGCUGAAGGUCAUCUCCAGGAGGGCCUCGAGCAUCACCAGCCUGGGCAACUGGUCUGGCCCGGUGGUGGUCAGCGACGCCUCGCCCCAGAUGAUGCACAGCCUCCAGGCCUCGCGCCGCCAAUCGGUGGCAGUCUCCGCCUCCCUGGCUCCCGGCCAGGAGCCACCUGUUCCGGCCAAGAAGUCAUGGGUACGCACUAUUGUGGACUUCCUGGACCUGACACUUCUCAAGAAGCCCAUCUACGUGAACAUUGUCUUGGGCAUAACCUUUGCCCUUUAUUCGGACAUCACCUUCUUCACCUUGCAGCCCGUUUACCUCAUCGAAUUGGGCUACAGUCGGCCCGAUACUGCUACUAUUAUAGCCAUAGGAGCUGCUGCCGAUCUGUCUUCUCGAAUUUUCUUGGCCGUCACCGCCGUUUGUAUUCAAGUGCCCUCUCGAUACAUUUAUUUGGCGGGAGCUGUCUUAACGGUCUUUGCUAGAUUUGUUUUCAAUGGCAUCACGGAGUUCACGAGCAUGGCCUAUAUUACGGCCGUAAUUGGUUUCCUGCGCACUUGGCUCCAUGUGCCACUGCCUUUGGUUUUUGCCGAUUAUUUGUCCAAGGAAAGAUUCGCCACUGGCUAUGGCCUCUUCAUGUUCACCCAAGGCAAUGCCAUGUUCCUGAUUGGCCCCAUUGUUGGCUUUAUUCGCGACAUGACCAAGAACUAUAUCCUUGUCUUCCAUAUCCUUAAUGGCUUCAUGAUCCUGUGCGCCGUUCCCUGGGUUAUUGAGGUCCUGAUCGUGAAGUUCCGAAGACGCAGCAAGAUCGAAAGGAACAAUGUGGAUCACGAGGAGACGGAGAACCAAAAUCAGGCAGUGGUUCACUGAAUACAUAUGUAAAAUAGUGGCUUUUUUUUAUGUAUUAACAAUAAAUUUAUACUAACACCAAAAAAA